AUGAACAAAGGUACUUGCACACUAACAAAAGGCUAUUACAGUUCCUUUCAUCAAUUGCUACCCUUCGUUUCGAUUCCCAAUGCAAAACAGCCACCACAGCACCUUAAUAAAGCACGCCGAUUAAGAUUUCGUGCUAAUGUUCAGGAUGCAUCUAAUCAGUUAACUCAAUCUCACCAGGCGAUGUUGACAUUUGACCAAAAGUGCUCUAUGGUGAAGACAAUAAUACCAGCUGCAAAAGCCUUUCAGCCGAAUUCUACUGCAAAUGUGCAUAUCAAUGCCAAAACUAUUCAGAAAAGCCUUCAGUGUAUCUAUCCACCGAACCCAAUCGUGUACCUCGGCGUUGUACACCGAUGUACUGAUCAAUCGUUCACAAAGUCGACUAUAGAUCUAAAGCCUCAUCAACCAGAAGCUACUAGUAAAGCCGAAACACACGAUGAUAUUAAGCAAGAUGUAGAAUUAUCCGAGAGUGAGGCCCGUGGGGAACGUGUUACAACCAGAUGUGCAGUGCAAGAGGAGGAUGUGUGGAUUCUCCGUCAAGGUUCGCGUUUUUGUGCGUCUAGGCUGUCUUUUGUUGUGUUUCCUGUCGUUCCUCAGCAUCUUCGGCAUACCCUAGGUCUUUUCUUGCAACCCCUAACAUUGUUGUCAUCAGCAUUUACUGGAACCAAUCAACCAAUAGUACAAGAAAACGCACUUAUGCCUCUGCCCUACAAGUGCAGCCCGGAUAUGAAGGAAUCGUUGUGUUUAUCCAGUCCAUUACAUAGUGAUAAAUUUAGCGAAAUAUCGAAAUCACAUUUGAGAGAGUCUGAAAGUCAUAAUGUAAGUUUCCUUUCAGAUUUAUUGCAAUGCGUUUUUUCACCUGUGGUAAGAAAUUCACUGAGCCCUUAUUUAAAGAAUAUCUUGACCGAUACUGGUGUCAACCCGAGUAAGGUGAAUAACAGAAGUGAAAAUGGAGCUGAUAAUCCCACGGCUUCAACUCCGUGCGCUCAUCAAAAUUUUCAUUUGCCUUUUUCUCGGUCUUUCAUAUCACCUGCGUCUUAUGUAGACAUUCGUCAGGGGAAGUUUGGAGUGGAUUCGCAGCGAUUGUGGGAGCUUUCAAUGACCACCAUGCGCCAACGUGCACCCUCCUUGGUGCUUGUUGAUGAGCGGGAGUCGGUUUUCCCUCCCAGUGGUAAACCAGGUAUUGGGGUUGACGACAACCAUCCGGGGAAACCGUGGAGGCGAGUUCGUUUUCAGGUUGAACCCACGUUAUGGAUGCGUGACCGCGCCAAAGGGGAAGACCGGGAUGUCCUGCCAACCGUCUCGUUACCAACCACCUCGUUUGAUAUGGCAGUGUACACGGAACGGAUGCCGCUGGAUCCCAGCUCGCAUGCCAAACUUUUGAGUGAUCUGUCCAAGUCCCAGCGGAAGCUGGUUGAGUCUCGCAGGCCUCACCUCGUUGACGCGGAUAAUUCACCCGAAACAACGCAGAAUCACACUGCGAAUGCGACGACGACAUCACCCAAAGAGUCCACCCAUAUGGCAUGGGUGUGGAAUGGAAGUUUUUGGGUGGAGGAAGUCGAUCCACAGCUUUCUCGAGUCGCUUAUGGAAUUUUCGAUCGGGUUCAACGCAUUCGUUCAUCCGGCGACACCCACAACGAUCCCAAACACUUAUCUCCGCCUGCGAUUCCUCAACAGCUGGUCGCAUGGGUGCCGUCAUUCUGGUGGGAGUUCCGGAGCUUAAGCGCAAAACCGUCUUUCUUCUACAGACAUAGAGCGGGAGGGGCGUGUACGCGUCUUGAGCCAUUGCUGCAAUUCACGAUUGAGUUGAGAAAGACGUGGACUGUGACAGGGUUGGAGGGGAUCCGCGAACUAAUUAUUAUGACAUCUAUGCGCCUGAGGAACGUUUUAAAGGAGAAAGAUAGUUGUUGGUUGCCACUUAUUGACGAGAGCCAUAAGGCGGGUGAGAUGUUAGUAGAGUCAAAAAAGCCUCCCAACGAUACGAAACUUCUCAUGAGGCAGACGGAUCGCAUGAAAAAGGCGGAGAAGACGUUGACUGUGGCAAGCCUUUUUUCAUCCUCUAUCUCACCUUUUCCAACUUCUCUCUCUGUUCUGCCCUUCGAGGACACCCCAAAGAGUUCACUGCCGUUAGAUGAUUCUCACGACGAGCCAGUGGAGGUUGUGACGGACGGUGACAGGUUGUUCAUGAAAUCUACGCAUCCGCAUUCUAGUAGUUUCUACUUACUUAACUCUUCGAGGGAAAACCUUAGCAGUGUAUAUUACCCCGCUUACAAUGCUCUCAGUGGUAUGCCACUGGACUACAAGUGUCGAAAUUUUCUGAAUGCUCGCAACAAAAAGCCCGACAUCCGUGGAGACGUUCCUCAGGUUGUUGGAUCCCGUUUCAACGAGUCUACCAGGCCAUCACAUUCGACAAAAUCGGUUGAAACACGUAGUUUAAAGUUUUCAGAAGGCCUCCCGAACCCCUUUGAUUUUUCCUUUUCUUCACAACAGAUAUGCUGGGUGCCUAAAGAGGCAAUCGAUGAUCUUGGGCUACAAGUUGCAAGGGAUGGACUGGGUUCAGAAAAGGGCGUAUUUGAGCAGCCUCGGGUGCGGGAACUGGUGGAGACUGGUGAACCCCUUAUGGAUGCAAAGGCAACACUCCAACGUGAGGUUCACUACACUGGGUUUCCAUUUCAUCAGUUGCCCUUAUGGAUCACAAGUCUGAUUCCUUCUACGGACAGCUCAGCGAAUUAUCCAAGAGCAGUUGCGGACUCGUUAACUGGAAUGGGGACUCCAUAUAAAUCACCAUUACAAAAGACACUCAUUCGGACGUUGCUAGAAUAUUCACCUUCCCCAAUUUCUGGUUGCCUUCAAUGGCACUGCAAUCCAGAUAGGAAGGAACAGAUUGGGGGCAAUGAUGAUUCAACCGUGUGGGUUCUUCAAUAUGAUCCUUCGCAAUGUCUCUCCCCCUCGUGUGAUCCUGGUCUUACAGAGUUUUUACCUGUACAGGGCCUCCUCUGGAAGGUUUACCGUGUAAUCGAUACCAAGAUGAAUUUUAUCUUUUCUAUAUCAGAUAUUUUGCAGAGCGUGGGUGCCAGGGAGGAAAAAGCGCAUCCUGAGAGUUCUGGUUACGAUUCCUAUGACUUUAAGACAGAGGCCAAUCUUAUCCGAAGUUUACUGCACUCUGUUUUUGAAGAGAGAUGCCGUAUGCACUGCAGUUCUUUUCAAGCGUUGCGCUUAAGUUCAGAACUGGAAAAGGCUUCGUAUUUUUUCCUUGACAUUCGUGCCGCGCUGCUUCUGUUAGAGAUUCUAAAGUCUCGAAAAGGGUCCUUGCAGAGCUCCGCAGUGAAGCAUUCCACUAAUGGAAAGCAAAUGGAUGCGGUUGAUGGAAAGACUCACCACACGGGUUUUCAGCCGGACUGUAGUUGCGUUCUUUCGGAUAUUGAAACUCCAUUAAACCGAACUUCAGACCAGGAUUGGCUAGAGGAAUGUGAAGAAAUUUGGUCAAAACACUCCUCUUCUUGGUCUUCUAAAAAGGGUAUCAGGGACAAAGGAGCGUGCGGUACAGAGGCUUCCUUUGCGGACGCAUCGACGCGUUGGUUUCUUUCUCCGAGUAGUUUUGUCGAUUACUGUGUUACUCGGUGUAAGAGAAAGCUCUUUUGGAAGCUGGAGGAGCUUGAUGCAGCGUUGUCGUUGGCUGCUUCGGACAGUAUCAUACGGGAGGACGAACAAGCGAGGUCAAGGAUUGGUGAAUGUGGUCUUUACUCGGACUGUGCAGAGUUGCAGUCAACUGCAGCACUGCCCUUAAGCGAAGAGUUGGUAGGAGAAGCAGGCAUGGAUGAUCGGUGCGGACCCGAUGCCCAGACCUCUCUACCUCCUCAGGAAGAGACCUUUCUGGGCCAGUUUGCAAUCCUACGCGACGACGAUGGUGCAGAGGAUGGGGACAUUAAGCAUAACAGGAUACAUCCUGCGUCUGAGAAUUUGAAUACACUAGAGGACUUUCCCGCGGUAGACCGCCGAUACUUCGGCCCUGGAUCGCGCCUGUUUGAUGCAUUAAUUCACCCUAAAUUAUCACCUGAUAGAGGUGUAAAGGAUCUACUACACUCAGCGCUUGGGUUAGAGCGAGCUAACGCAAUCUUGAAUGCCAACAAAGUGGCACGGUGCACUCGUCAACUUUCCCCCUACUCCUGCUUGAGUCAAGAUCAUUACGACGGCAAGGAUAAUAUCUUCCAAACGUCCACUAAGGAAGCUUGCAUGGAGAAGCCAAGCCAUAUGCUGGACAUGAACACGAAGUUUUUUCCAACCACAGAGGACAUAGAAGAGACUAUACGUACAAAUACUUCAUCAGGGCAGGGGGUCCCUACUUAUACUUUUAAAGAUGAGACACCUAGCUUCCGAGACAUUUACUUUCCUGGCCUGACUUGCGUUAGCCAAGUUGAGGUUUGUAUAGCCGAAGAGCAGAAUCGUCUGCAGAAACGUUGGUCCCCAUGGCUUAAGCUCUUUUCUAAGCAAAUGCCAGGAGAACAUAACAAUGAUAGUAGAAAAUCAAACGACGUCCAGGACGAACUACCGUUGAGCGUGCCCUUAUCACCCCUUGCUCGGAUGCUUUGUACACUUGGAGAAAUGGAGUCAACCCAUACAAGAAGCUUUGAAGCGCCUAUGAAGCCCAUUCAAAAUGAUAAGAGUGGUAGCAUGGUAGAAAUGGUAACAAAUGAGGCACACCAAACCAGCUUGUCUAAUGGACUCUGUUGUUGGGAUUUAGGAUUAACAGUGAUUUCCAUAUCCUAUAAGGAGCAUUACGUCAAUGCCUCUAACCUUUCCUUUUCUAAUUUAGAAAGAGAUAAAUAG